AUGGAAUACAAAGAGGCUCAGAGGCAGAACGACAUCAUUACACGAGACUUCGCAUAUCCAGAAGCUGGAUCGUUCACUACACCUAUAGCUUCGACGGCAAGCUCUGAAGAUAUUGCGACGCCAGAACUUACUGAAGCAAUUGAAAAGAAGAAUGAUCAAGCAAAGUCCAGCAGUUUCGUGGCUAACAAGCUGAGCUAUACCCGCUAUUACAAUCCUGCUUGGACGGUCUCUCAAGAGUCUUCUCUAUCGACACAUCCUUCUACAUCUUCUACCUUCGCACUGCCAAUGCACGCUCUACCUACGCCACAUCUGACUUCAGACAACUUUAUCAGCGAACAUAUCCAACAUGACAGCGGCGAAAGCAAUUUUUCGAAAUAUUCAACGGCACACGGUGGACCUGGUUCUUAUUCAAGGUCACGACCUGGACUCGAUACGAUCCAGUCGGGAGUGGCGAUGGAUAAUACUAUUUCGUCAACCAUAAAUGCGCAGUCACCUCUGGAAAAUCGGGAAAGCAGAGAAAGCAAAGCCAGUAGUAGCAAUUUCUCCCAGUAUUCGGUUAUGUGUUCGCCAUCAGAGCCUGAGGGAUCCAAGAAUUUAGAUUGGACGAAAAGAAGAUCCAAUAGGUAG